AUGCGUUUCACUAUCGCCACCUUGGUCGCUUUGGCCGCCGUCUCCAUGGCUCAAGUAACACCCAACAAUGCCGGCGCUAAGAAUGUCGGUGCCGGCAACGGUGCCCAGUUUAUCACGGGCGGUUGUGUUUCGGAUGCCGACUGCAGCUCGGCUUGCUGCAGUCAAGUCGCAGCUACUGGCGACGGUGUAUGUUCUGCCGAAGCAGCUAGCCAGCAGAACGGAAAGACGGGUUGUGGCUUCACCGACCCCAACGCUGAUGCUGUGAUUGCGGCGGCCAAGGAGCAGGUUGCAAAGCAGGGAUUCAAGAGGGUCGUUCGUAGCGAGUAG